AUGAAGCUUAACUAUAGUGAAAUAUUUUUAGAAGGAAAUAUUUAAUAGUAAGUCUAUCUUAAAAAAAUCCUCGUAAAUCAAUUUGAAUCUAAAAACUUUUUUAAUAAAGAUUAUUAACUGCAGUAAAAUUAAAAAAUAGCCAAUAGAAAGGAAGUAAAAAAUAUAUUAAUAAAUUAAUAAAAAGUGAGUUCUAAAAAGUCUUCUAUUUAGUAUAUUAAAUCUCCAUAGAUUACUCCUAAGUCUUCUAUUGCAUAACUAAAAUAAGAAACCGAGAAAAAAACUGAAAUGCAAGUUCAAUUUUGUUAAAAGAAAGAGCACCAUUAAAACCCCAUGAAUCUGGUCUGUUUAAGCGAAGAAUGCGAAUUCAAGGGUUUGCUUUGCAGUUUUUGUUUAAUAGAAAAGCAUAGCUAGCAUGUUAAUGACUGUGUUCCUCUUAAAAAAGUAUUAUAGGCUUUAAAUAAGGUAAAUAAUCCCAAUACUAAAGAGGAGCUUGGUUUUAUUGGAUGCGAUAUUCUUAAACAACAUUAUUUUUUGUUCUCCCAGUUUAGGAGAUACAUUACAGCCAUUUAAGAUUCUAUCAAGUCACUUGAGUAAGCUAUUGAAAAAAAAAUGUUAGAGCUUAGAUAAGAAAGUGAAUUAUUUGUUGGUAAUCUUCUUGAAUAAUCUUUAGAAAAAUUAAAUCAUCCUAACUGCAACGCAGAUACAAUUCAGCAAGAAUUAAAGAAGCUCUUCCCACUUUUAUAAAUUUCUCCUAUUCAAGGGGAAGUAUAAUGUUUAGGCGUUGAAUAAAAAUAGAAAGAGGCUGAAAGAAUUACUAAAUCUGCCGAGCUUCUUGAGAGAGAGUGUAAAUUCUGGAUGGAAAAAUCACUAGAAGAUCUUAAAAAGUUAGAGAAUAACAUUCUUAUUGCUACAAGAAGAAGACCUAUAUCUAAAAUAAGUCAAAGCAGAUUUGGAAAGAGCUAAUAAGGGUGGGUUCUAAGCGAAACUGAGGCACUGACCUUUGAAAUAAACAAAGAAUAAGAUAUUUGGUUAAAAGGAUUUGGUAUGUAUGAAGUCAUUUCUUUGCCUAAAGAUUGCACUAAUGAUAGAGAAAAUAAUGGCAAUUUAAAUUUAGAUAUCAAGCUCUUCUAAGGUGGAAAUACAUCAGGAAAAGUUUUACAUGAAGAAACUAUCCAGAUAAGUAGAGAUUUACAUGCCAAUUAUGAUCACAUAAUUGAAUUAAAUCUUCAAAAACCUCUCAAACUGGAAACUAAACAAAAAUAUACAAUUACUAUGAAACCAAAUAGAGAUUGCAUUAGUUACUUUGGCUAUAAUGGAUGCUAUCAAACUUCAGACUUUAAAUAUUAUGACUCUAUUGUCUCAAAAGAUCUAAAAAAUAACUCUUCUGGUGUACUUUUAGGUUAGUUUCCUGUAUUUUACUUUGAAGAGUGA